AUGCCUGAGAAGGUGCACACUUACUUUGGUGACUCGUACAAUGAGUCCUCAAACCAGGCUGUCAAGGCUGUCAAGGCUGUUCCAGAACUGACGGUAGUUGAGGAUGAGGGCCGCAAGAAGAGGCGCAACAAGAAGCGGAAACGCGACGAGGCCACCGAGGAAGCCCAGGCACAGCGCGACAAUGUCCUAGUAGAGAAACCUGUCAAAGCUCCUUCGUCAGCCCCAGAGAAGGUUGUUACAGUACCUGUUGGGAACAAGGAACCCAAACACGAACCCUCGACCGACCAGACCUCCGCCCCGAAACCCAAGCCCAAGUCCUUCGCCGAUACCAAGACCAACUUUACCUCCCUCCGCGAAAAAGCCAAUGCCCUCUACGAACUCCGGAAGAAACUCCCCAUCUUUGGUCAUGCCGAUGAGAUCCGACAGAGGCUCCGCGACCGAGAUGUCAUGUUGUUGGUCGGUGAAACCGGUUCCGGAAAGAGUACCCAGAUCCCGCAGUUCCUGGUGAACGAAUUCUGGUGCCGACCGACGCCCGCGAAGGUCCUACAAGAGGAUGGGUCCGAGAAGUCCAUCACGGUCGGUGGAUGUAUUGCGAUCACACAGCCUCGUCGUGUUGCGGCGAUUUCGCUGGCACGUCGUGUGGCUGAGGAAAUGGGCACGCCGCUUGGAUCUUCUUCUCCUGCGAGCAAGGUUGGCUACUCGGUGCGAUUUGAUACAUCUACGUCGCCUAGUACGCGGGUUAAGUUUUUGACGGAGGGAAUGCUGCUGCAGGAGAUGUUGCAUGAUCCUUGGUUGACCAAGUACAGUGCAGUGGUGGUUGAUGAGGUACACGAGCGCGGUAUCAAUGUUGAUCUAGUCGCGGGUUUCCUGCGGAAUCUGGUAUCUGGGAAGCGGGAGGGCCGUGGUGGUGUACCACUCAAGGUGGUGGUUAUGAGUGCUACGGCUGAUAUGGAGAGUCUGAUGGGCUUCUUCCAGGAAGGAUUCCAAGAACAGGAGCAGGAGCAACAGCAGGGACAGAAGCAACUAUCAAACGGGACCGAGAACGGUGAGAACGGCGAGAACUCGGAGCAAAAUUCGAUGGCGAUCUCAGCUUGUCAUAUCAAGGGUCGACAGUUCCCUGUAAAGACAAUCUAUUCGCCCGAGCCCGUCCACGACUUCGUGGAUGCGGCUUUGAAGAUUAUCUUCCAGAUCCACUACAAGGAGCCCAUGCCCGGCGAUAUCCUAGUAUUCCUUACCGGUCAAGAGACCGUGGAAAACUUGGAGAACUUGGUCAACGAGUAUGCCAUCGGCAUGGACCCUUCAUUACCCAAGAUCCUGGUGCUCCCUCUCUUCGCAGCUCUUCCCCAAGCAGCCCAGCAGCGAGUCUUUGCCCCUGCUCCUCCGCGCACCCGCAAAGUCAUCCUGGCUACGAAUAUUGCCGAAACCUCCGUCACCGUGUCUGGCGUGAGGUAUGUGGUGGACUGCGGAAAGGCAAAGGUCAAGCAGUUCCGCACCCGCCUGGGAUUGGACUCGCUGCUGGUGAAGCCCAUUUCCAAGUCGGCUGCCAUCCAGCGAAAGGGUCGUGCUGGUCGUGAGGCCCCCGGCCAAUGCUUCCGGUUAUACACGGAGAAGGACUAUUUGGCUCUUGAUGAAACGAAUACCCCAGAGAUCCUGCGUUGCGACCUGACCCAGGCUCUGCUGAAUAUGAAGGCCCGCGGUGUAGAUGAUAUCGUGCGGUUCCCUUUCCUGACGCGACCACCUCGUGAGGCUCUUGAGAAGGCCCUUCUUCAGCUAUUGAACAUCGACGCGCUUCAAGAUGAUGGUAGCAUCAGUGACGUUGGUCUCCAUCUCGCGAAGCUCCCCCUCUCACCGACCCUUGGACGAGUACUAUUGGCAGCAUCAGAGAAUGGAUAUGACUGUUUACUGGACGUCAUUGAUAUUAUCUCCUGCCUGAGCGUCGAGAACAUCUUCCUCAACACCACCUCCGAGGAAAAGAAGGAAGCAGCCGAAACGGCCCGACGCGAUCUCUACCGGCGCGAGGGCGAUCACCUGACGAUGCUAUCCACCGUCCGAGCCUACGCCGGCGAAAACGUAGACCGCAAGGUGUGGGCUGAGCGACAUCUCGUCUCCCAUCGGGCGAUGCAAUCUGUGAUGGACGUCCGCAAACAACUCCGCUCCCAAUGCCGGUCAGCCAAAAUGCUACCGCGCGAAGAAACAACCGGUCACUACCCCGAUCCAUCGCCCGAUCUGAUCUUGCAAAGCUUCUUGAGUGGGUUCGCGACCAACACGGCCCGACUAGUCCCCGAUGGCAGUUAUCGGACCAUUGUUGGAAACCAGACGGUCGCGAUUCACCCGUCGAGUGUGCUGUUUGGAAAGAAGGUCGAGGCGAUUUUGUAUAAUGAGUUUGUGUUUACGAAUCGUAGUUAUGCGCGGGGGGUUAGUGCGGUGCAGAUGGAUUGGGUUGGUGAGGCUUUGGCUGGGAGGUAA